AUGCCAAAAACAUUAGAUGUUUGUAGUAUUGGGUUAUCACCGGAAAUACGUAAUUCAAAUACAAUAAAAUUAUUUCGAUCAUCUGAAGACGAAAAAAUCUCGAAUAAAUAUUCGCCAUCAGGCCAACUAAUUAUUUCCAAUCGAAACAUUCAUGUAAUAGAUAAAAUCGUUGCAACACCAAAUCAAUUAUAUAACAUUCAAAGUGACAUCGAUUUAAAUCGUUUAACGAAAGAAUAUCUUGAAACGAUAAAUGAAUAUCGUUUUCAUCUAGGAUUUAUACCACUUGAAAUUUCUAAUGAACUUACAAAUCGAGCACUUUAUCGAGCGACUCAAUUUUCUAUUCAAAAUCGUAUAGAAAAUACUAAUCAAUCUGAUCUUAUUCAUAAUAAUGAACCUAUUGGAGAAACAGUUAUGUCUUGUCGAGCACCUGUUAAUUAUGGUUAUGAUAUUGCUAAAAUAAUACAUAAUCAACUUAUUAAAGACUUAAAAAAUGAUCAUUCACUUAAAGUAAAUAAAUACUUGAUAAAAUGA